AUGUUUCCAUCUACCGUUAGACAGAGCAUUGCGAGGCUUCCAAAACGCCCCUCUCUCGCCAUCAUAGAUGACUAUCUCAACACAUCCGAAUCACAUUUCGCUCACAUUCCAACCUCGAGUCUGCAAGUUACCACAUUCAAUGAUACCAUUACUCCUAUCAAUGAAGCAGAGACCGCUCGUCUGGUGGAGCGGCUGAAGCCCUUUGAGGCUAUCUCAACGAUGCGCGAAAGAACUGCAUUCUCGGGCUCUCUGUUGCGAAGCUUGCCUAAUUUGAAGCUCCUGUUAGCUACGGGAACGCAGUUUGAGACAUUUGAUCUUGCUGCUGCUCGAGAGCUGGGGAUUACCGUCGUUGCUGCCCCAGGAGGAGUCCAUCCAACCACACAGCAUGCUUGGGCUCUCAUCAUGGCACUCUCUCGCAAUGUCGCUGCUGAUGACGCCGUUCUGAAAACCGGUACCGGAUGGCAAACUGAGCUGGCCAUAGGCUUAACGGGGCUCACUAUAGGCAUUGUUGGUCUAGGGCGACUGGGAGCUGCAGUCGCUCGGAUUGGACAUCUUGCCUGGGGCAUGAAAGUCUUGUGCUGGAAUACAUUCCAUGCAGUGAGCAAGGAGCAUCUCUUCUGCAACUCCGACGUCGUGAGCUUGCAUUACGUGCUGAGCGAUCGUUCACGGGGAAUUGUUGGUGCCAACGAACUGCAACAGAUGAAGAGCUCUGCCAUGCUGAUCAACACAUCUCGGGAGCCACUGAUAGACCAAGCUGCGCUCCUUAACUCACUAGAGCGCGGAGCUAUACGUGGUGCUGCAUUAGAUGUGUUUGAGAUAGAGCCUCUUCCCAUGUAUAGCCCUUGGAGGAGGACUAAUUACUGGGGUCGAGAUGGACGGUCACGUCUGAUCACCACGCCACAUAUGGGAUAUAUGGAUGAAAGAUUGGUGAAUGCAUGGUACGCCGAAACAGCUGAGAAUAUCGACCGUUGGCUUGAAGGAAAAGAAGUUUUGCACCGUAUUGCUUAA